CCUGUCGCGUCCCCGCUACCUAGGCGACGCCGACCUUGUCCGUCGCACUGCGGGACCAUCUGCAUCUGGCGCGGGUGCAACUGUUAGUCACGCUCAGAGUCAAGGGAAACACAGGAUGAUCUUGACAUAAGGUAGUAAUAUAUCACUGGACGCCGCAUCCGCAUCCUUGCAUCGCUUCAUAACUUGAAAUGAUCGAGAACUCAUACGCAAGUGUCGGCGAAGGAUUUGUCCCGUUUGGUGACUUACAUAGGCUCGAGGCUGUGAGUGGCGACUCGACUCAAGCUAAUGUGCUUGACCAUUGCAGUCAUGAUUGUGUCCCAGACCAAGACGGCAAUGCCGAAUUAACUGACUUUCCUUGAG